ACAGAGAGAGAAACACAGAGUAAGAGAGUGGGUGGGGGGAAAACACGGGGAGGAAAGGGUAAAAAGAAAAGGGAGAAAACAUUUACAUUAACAAAAGAUUCAGACUUCUUUUGGAGCUCAGUGUCUUCUUUCUUCACCUGACAAUUACUGUGGAUAACUUGAGAUCCCAAAAAUGGCACAGAUUACCGUUCCUCCCAUCCUUAACAUCACCACACCUUCCUCACCCAUCGUGGAUACCGGCGCUGGCACCACGGUGGGCGCCCUAAUCCUGAGCCUAGUCUUUCUCUUGGGCUUCCCUGGAAACCUCUUCAUAAUCUGGAGCGUCCUGGCACGUGCCCGAAAGCACUCCGUCACCACCCUCCUCAUCCUCAACCUAGCUAUCGCCGACGGCUCUCUGAUGGCCCUCACUCCAUUCUUCGUCACCUACCUAAUUAUGAAGACUUGGGUGUUUGGGAAUGUGAUGUGUAAGCUCCUCUUCUACCUGUGUCUGGUCAACAUGUACGCAUCCAUCCAGCUUAUCAUGCUAAUGAGCAUCUACAGGCUGGUUGCAGUGCUGUGGCCGCGACGCGUCACUCUGAUCACCGGCCGGAAGACUGUAAUAUGGGUGCUGGCCGUGGUGUGGGUGCUGGUGAUGUUGGCAUCUGUUCCUGCAAUGAUCUUCAGAAAAGUGAGGAUUCAGAAUAACUCCUCCGUGUGCGAACCGGUUCAUGAUGACAACAGAGAUGUGGCCCUCCAGUACCUGCUGGAGCUUGUGUUGGGGUUUCUAAUUCCCUACACGGUCAUUGUAGUCAGCUACAUCUGCAUCUUGCGGCGGCUCCGACAAACCAAGUUUCGCCGUCGCAUUCGUAGCGAGAAGCUCAUCCUUGCCAUCGUGUUGACAUUCUGCCUCUUUUGGUUGCCUUACCACCUCGUCAAUAUGGUUCAAGUAACAUGGGCGUUGUGUCCAAAGGGUAAAGUGAAAGAGAUGCUGAAUUUAAUAUGGCACAAGAGCCGAGCGGUCACCUCUGCCAUCGCCUUCAUCAGCAGCUGUGCCAACCCAGUCCUGUACUUCUUCGCAGGAAAGUCCUACAUCCGACGAGAAGGGCUUGCGUUCAUGGCUCGCUUAUUUGAGGGCACAGCGCUGGACUCGGCCACCAGAAAGAGCCGCCAGAACAGCCAGAACAGCCGCGAAAAAGACAAAGAGGCAGAUGCUGUAAUGCUUAAGGAAAAAGAUCAAGACUCUAGCUCUAAUGCCAAACCUGUAAACAAUGGAAAGUAGAGGACUCAAGAGGAGCAGGCUUGACGCUGGUGUUGUUUCCCCGGAGCGCAACAUUAAACGACGCAAGCCUUUUUAUCUACGUUCGCAAGACUUCUUCAGGGUUCAUUGUGCAGCAAAGUUCCUGACACCUCAAGAAAGAUCCAUCCAAGACGGAGUCUUCUCCUUUAUUCACAUUAAAAAAGAGAUGUUUAAUGGCAUAAUGAUCCUGGAACAGUUUUGUAACCUGAUGCACUAAGUGACAUUGUUGUGUUUGAGUUUGAGUCUUAACCACACUAUCUGUACAUUUUUAUUAUACAGAAUUAUACAGAGCCUUGCUCUGUUUUGAACCAUUUCGUAUGGAAGAACUGUGGAGUUUACUGUACAUUUUUUAUUUUAACAUAAAAAAAUAUUUUUUAA